AUGACAGAUGAUAAGAAAUAUAAAAUUAAAAUCAUAUUAAUUGAUAUUAAUGGAGAAAAAAUCUUUCCAGAAUUUAUUACUCCAUUAGUUCAUCAAUUAAAACCGAAUAGUGAAGAUGUUCAUGUUGAUAUUCAUUUUGAAAAUGAUCAAUUAAUUAUUAAACGAGAUGAUACAUCAGUAAUUUUAUUUCGCCGUCCAAGUUAUUGUCCGUUUACUAAUCUUCAUUUCCAAAAUAACUCUUCUAGCAUUCCUGAUAAUCCACUUAAUUCCAUUGCUGUUGGUGUAGUUAUACUUUUUGAAUCACAUGAUCAUCGUGUUCUUUUAACAAGACGUGCAAGUCAUAUGCGAACAUAUCCAUCAUGUUGGGUAUGUCCUGGUGGUGGAAUUGAAAAAAAUGAAACAUUAAUUCAAGCAGGUAUUCGUGAAUUAUAUGAAGAAGUAGGUAUUGAAGUAAAUGAGAAUGAACUUGAAACAUCACGCAUAUUAGCUUCAUGGGAGUCAUCAUUUCCAGUUGAGCUUACACAUGGUCUACCACGUCGUCAUCAUAUUGUAGUUUAUGUACAUGUACGUUCAUCGAGAAUAAGUGAUGAAAUAUCGAUUAAAAUUGAUCCAAAUGAAGUCGAUGCUUAUACAUGGCUUUCAUAUGAACAAAUAGGAAAUAUCUGUAACCGAACAGAUAAUUUGCGUAUGUUUAAUGCACAUGUUCAUCAGACGGGAAUGUGUGAAUUACCAUUUGAUGUACUUACGAUAGCCAAUUAUAAUGCAAAAGAGAAUCUUACGAGUGGUACACGUUUUGCACUUGAACAACUCUAUGUUUUAAAAUCAUAG